AUGCCCAGCAAACAUAAUGUAUCGUACACGAUUUCGAGCGGCAUAACGAAUCAUGCCUUUGUCAUAGACGAUUCAGUAAAUCAGAAUGGCAUCGAAGUCAAUGGGCCCACUGAAAUUAAUGUGCAACAGCCGGAGCGCCAGCAAUGGGGGAAUGACAGGGAAUUUCUGUUAUCCUGCAUCGCCAUGUCGGUCGGUCUCGGUAAUAUAUGGCGAUUUCCAUUCACGGCAUACGAGAACGGCGGCGGUGCCUUUUUAAUACCGUACAUCAUCAUCUUGAUCGUCGUAGGAAAGCCGUUUUACCUCCUGGAGAUGAUCCUAGGACAAUUCUCCAGCCAGUCAGCCUUGAAGAUUUGGGAUCUUGCGCCGGCAUUCAGAGGCGUUGGCGUCGCGCAAUGUAUAACACUGCUGGCACUGGCGUCCUAUUACUGCUCUCUGAUGGCGUUGACUUUGUUCUACUUCAUCGCUAGCUUCCAAACGGAAUUACCAUGGGGAAGAUGCUGGGAGGAAUGGGGCGAAUUCUGCGUAGACUCUUUUCGCAGCAACUACUCUAGAAUUGAGAACAUCAGUUACUCUAGCUCUGCUGAGCUGUACUUCUACAAGGAAGUACUACGAGAAAAGGACAGCAUUGACGACGGCAUCGGUACACCGGACUGGCGUCUGUCGAUUACGCUCUUCCUUAGCUGGUUGACAGUUUUCCUCGUGGUGAUACGCGGCGUACGGAGCUCCGGCAAGGCAGCAUAUUUUCUGGCGAUAUUUCCCUAUGUGGUCCUUAUCGUGCUGCUUAUAAGGGCAGUCACGUUGGAUGGAUCUGUCAAUGGUAUCUUCUACUUCAUCACACCGACGUGGGAAAAGCUGUUGACGCCGAUGAUUUGGUACCAUGCUGUUGCCCAAUGCUUCUUCUCGUUAACUGUUUGUUUUGGUGCUGUCGUCAUGUUUGCCUCGCACAACAAGUUCCACCAUGACCUGUAUCGGGACGCAAUGAUCGUGACGACUCUGGACACCUUUACCAGUCUACUGGCCGGUUGCACAAUCUUCGCCAUUCUAGGUAAUCUUAGUCGCGAAUUGGAAAUCGAGGAUAUCGGCACAGUGGUCCGAGGCGGCACUGGAUUGGCAUUUAUUUCCUAUCCGGAAACGAUCGCCAAGUUUACGAUCGCACCGCAGUUCUUCAGCGUUGUGUUUUUCGCGAUGCUAUUCGUCCUGGGUAUUGGCAGCGAGGUCGGUCUUGCCUCCGCCAUAAUUUCCAUCAUACAUGAUCAGUUCCCGAAGGUCAAGUACUGGCACAUAGCGGCCGGCACUUGCCUCUGCGAAUUCUUAAUCGGUCUUAUAUACGUCACGCCGGGCGGUCAGUUCAUGAUAACCUUCGUCGAUUAUUACGUGACCUCAUUUAUCGCUUUUCUACCGGCUGCUUUCGAAAUGAUUGCUGUUGCUUGGUCAUAUGGAUUGAGUAACUUCUUGAACGAUAUCGAAUUUAUGCUGAAGAAACGGCUGUCUAUGUUCUGGCGAAUCUGUUGGAGCAUCCUUACUCCUGGAAUUCUUCUUGUAAUUUUCUUCUAUACACUCGCUAAUCUCGAGUUACUAAAGUACAACAAGAAGUUCUAUCCUUAUUCAGUUUACGUUGUAGGUUGGAUUCUAUUUUCCAUUGCUGUUCUCCAAAUACCUUUAUGGAUCAUCAUUGCGAUUUUUAAGAAGAGAUCUCUUCCUUUCCGAAAAAUGAUCAAACAGGCCUUUCAGCCAUCAAAAUCAUGGGGUCCAAGAAACGCAGAAGAUCGCAGAAAGUGGUUGGCCUUCCGACAUGAGUGCAACGCGGAAGCAAAAUGAUAUGUAGAACAUGGCAGUUUACUCAAAGGUUUAUUCCGUGUAAUUUUCAAAAAAUGAUGUUUCGACGAUUCGACGAUGAGGUCAAUAAGAUGACUUCAUGGUAGAACUGCAUGCGUCACGUUCGUUGUCACAUUUGCAAACGACAAAACUUAUUAUUAGUGUUACAAUUACUGACAUGUAUGUUUUUACAAUGUCAUGAUAAAUAACUAUAUA